AUGUUUAGAGACAAAGAUGCGCUCGAAUCAUGCGCACAGUCUUGCUUGGAAUUGCGUGAUCGACUGAAGGUGGUCGUUGAGGCACAAGCAAAGGAGCAGCAACUGACCAAAAAAUUCGACCAAAUCGCUGUUUUCGAUCAAGCUGAUAGGCGAGCCUCUGAACUGAUCAGCAUUAUCAGGGCUCGAAUAGCAUGGAAAGAAGGCGUCAAAGCUAUCGAAAGUCUUGACGAAGGAGAGCCUGCGUCCGAGAAUGUUGUGUUCAGUUUGCAAGACGCAUAUAACAUCUUCUCUAAGCAAGUGGCUGUACCGGAACGAGGUGAAUUUUUGGAACGAGUCAAAGAUGUCUUUCUGAGUUGGUAUUCAACUCGAGUUGUACUAGCUCUGCAGUCCGAUACGCCUGCAGAAUCACUGUUAGCCCUUAAGGCUAAAUAUGAUAGAUUGGAUAGAAGCGAUGGUCAGGAUUUGAAUUUGCUUGCCAGUAUUUAUUUCAAUGCGGUGAUUCGGCACUACAUCAAGGAUCAAAGCAAACUGGAACUUCAUGAAGUGGCCACCCUUCCAGAUCUUUUUGUGGAUCUUCAACGCUCAAUCUUGGCCAAUUACACCAGACUUCGUGAAGGAAAACGAUGGGCUGAAAAAGUGUUGACCGCACCAUCAGAAUUCAUUGCUGAAGCGUUGACAGAAAGUGUUUUGGCGCAAUGGAAUGAUGUUGAGGGUAUUUGCGAGAGGGCACUUACAAGCACCAAUGAGGAAGACUCCACCGGUGCACUUUCUCUACGAAUGAUUUUGGCUUUGAAACAGUUGAUUGCGGAUGUAUCACCUCAAACGGACGAGGAUAAGCCUAUCACUGAAUGUGUCCUUAAAAUUGGUAAUGGUUUGAUGGAGCAUGUGGCUGCUGGUUAUUCAAAGCUAGCCUCGUCUUAUCUUACGACUUAUGCGAAUAUUUCGUUAGGCACAGGAACAACAGCGAGUAGUCUUGAACAACUCUCGAACGGAUUAUCGCAACUGAUCAAGGAGAGUGAUUAUCUGAUGCAAAUAGCAAGUGAGACGUUCGACUGUCUUGCUAUCAUCUACAUUACACCAGCAUUCAGGUCAAUGUACGAAAAUUUGGUUUCACUGUUGUCAAAUUUCUACAAAGCAACGAUGGACAAAACGUCAAUGAAGAAUAACGAUAUUUUACGACUGAUCAGCAUAUCGGGUCAACUAAUGUUGUGGCUGGAGAAUGAUCGUAGAAAACUGAAAGAUAUGCUCGAUUCGUAUCGGACAGCUGAUAAAAAGAACUCGGGCAAUAUGUUGCAGUCCGAGAAACUCGCCGAAGAGAUUGCAAAUUUUGAGAAGAGAAUAUCAGUGAAGGCAGAAGGUGAUUUGGGAAUAGCGAAAUCGAGGACUGAUUUUCGCAAGCUGAACAAACGGUUCGUUACGAGGGCUGUCGAGCACUUGAGUCGUCCGUUCGUGUCCAGUAUGGAGAGCGCUCUCAAAGAAAUUCGAUCACAACGAUCGGAAAAAGGUGAUCAAUCGACGGCUGUUCAAGAGACGUCGAUGCCAUCGUUUGGUUCGACACCGAAUGAAUUCGUUACCUCAGCUGGAGUUUCACUGCUAUCACUGGCACAUGAGUUGUCGUCGUAUUCGCACGAUACCAAUAUGGCUUAUUCACUUGCGGUCGUCUCGAAAACUGACUCAAUCGAAGAUGUGACUUCGUGGUGGGUAGAGAAGUGUGCAGCAACUGUGCAAGAUUGCUUCAUUGAUGGGAUGGGAGAGAUUGGACAUCUGCCGCCGAAUCUGAUACGUCAAUUCGCAGUUGAUUACGUUUAUUUGGCGGACGUUUUCGAAGAUUUGGGAACAGCAAAGUUAGCGGAAUUCGACGAAAUGCGGCAGACGUUUGCAGAUCUUGGAUAUAUCAAGGAUCAGUCGUAA